AAUUUUAAAUUAUCUGUUUUCAGAGAUAUAUUAAAAUGAGGUUAACAGCUCCCUGGAGAGCUAGAUGUAGGUUUAAAACAAGUCAGAUGUAUCAACCAAAGGAACUGAUACCGUUCACCGAACUGAAGAGCUCGAAGAAGAUUGAAGAGCUGACAUCACGGAGUUCCAGGCUUCUUAUAGAAUACGGAAUAGUAAAACCAACUUCUCCAGGAUAUUUUGCUUUACUACCCCUAGCAUUCAGAUCACUUAUCAAAUUGAAUAAAAUAAUAGAUGAUGAACUGGAACAGAUAAACUGCCAGAAAAUUCAGCUGCCACAUGUCAGCCCAGCCAACAUUUGGAAUAAAUCCGGGAGAUUAAAAAGCGUCGGAACUGAACUGGUCAAGUUUAAAGAUAGACAAGAUAAAGAAAUGGUUUUAUGUCCUACUCAUGAGGAAUGUAUAACAAGCCUAGUAGGAGGAUACAACCUUUCAAUAAGAGAUCUUCCUCUAAGGUUAUAUCAAACUGGUUCCAAGUUCCGAGCAGAAAUGAAACCAAGAUUCGGACUAAUACGAUCCAAUGAAUUUAUUAUGAAAGACUUGUAUACAUUUGAUAAAGGUUGCGAGGCAGCACUUCAAACUUAUCAAGAGGUGUCUGACGCUUAUAACAAGAUUUUUACAAGAAUUGGAGUUCCCUAUCAGAGAGUGGAAGGAGAUAAUGGAAAUAUUGGUGGAACAUCCUCUCAUGAAUUCCAUUAUCCUGCUGGAAUAGGUCAGGAUGAGUUGCUUUGGUGUUCUGCUUGUAAAUGGGGAAAGAAUAUUGAACUUAACAACGACAAACAAGGUUCUGAUGAGUGCCCAGGCUGUGGGGAGAAACUGAAGAUAAGUAAAGGAAUAGAAGUUGGGCAUACCUUUCUUCUAGGGCAAAAGUAUUCAAAGAUUUUCGGAGCCCAGUUUACCGGAGCUGGAGGAGGAGGAGGAGGUAAAGCGGAGACCUUAGAGAUGGGAUGCUACGGCAUAGGAGUCUCCAGGAUCCUGGCAGCUGCUGUAGAGGUUCUCUCCACAGAAACAGAGAUUCGAUGGCCGUCUUCUCUCUCCCCCUUCUCUGUAUGCAUUCUCACACAAAAGACAGGAACUAAAGCCUACACUGGAGUCGAUGUUGACAAUCUGUAUGAGAAGAUAAACAAUAUUUUCCCCAAUGACGUCAUAUUGGACGACAGGGAGAAACUCUCAGUUGGGAAGAAGCAGUAUGAAGCUGACAGGACAGGAUAUCCUAUCCUCGUCCUCUUAGGGCGGAAGAACAUGAAUCCGGAUCCGUUGAUAGAAAUCCAUAUUCCGUCGGAGAAUAUAUCUCUGGAGUUACGGCCACAAGAUGGGCUGGAUUAUUUGAAAUCAAUUAGUGCAAAGUAUUUAAUUUAAUCUUCAUGUAUGCAAAAUAAAGUUCAGCCUCUUGCAAACGCUUUGUACACACUGACAAAA